AUGCAUGAUGCACUACCAGUAAGAGCAUGUCUCCGUCAAAGGGGUAUUAACGUGCCUAUAGCCUGCCCUCUUUACAAUAAGGAGGCAAAAACUACAGACCAUGUGCUGCUCAAGUGUGAACUGCCUGUGAGAGUGUGGAAAUCAAGCAAUUUGGGCUUGAAUAUUGCCAGUGACCCAACUAUUGGGAUCAUAACUUGGCUUAAAAACAUCAUGCUAUAUAUGAUGAAGGAAGAUGGGAGAGAUGACCUUAGGUUGGCUGAGGUUAUUGCCAUCAUGUGGAGUAUUUGGAUACACAGGAACGAGUGUGUUUUUCGUGGGAGUCGCUGCGACCCUGGCUUGAUUCUCAUAAUGGCGAAUGGUGGACUCAAAGGUGGGAUAUCUCAGUUGGGAUUGGGGUGGGAGACCUAG